GAAUGCCAUCCAACGGCAAUUUGGCGCAAUAUCCCAUAUUCCAAAACACGCCAACUCGUCCAAUGCGUGCAUCGCAACUGCUACGCUGCCGACUACAAAAGCUGCCGCUACGCAUCUGCAAGGCGCAACCCUCGCCCACACUUUCUAGAGUAUCUGGCGCAACAGUCUCUCUGUCCACAGCCUCCAAGUCGUCGUCGUCCACGCCGAGCACUAAGACACGCAAGAAGCAAGCUCGUUUGGCCAACCUCCCUAUAUUUUGGCCAAUCACUGGCGUCGAUGAGCCGCCACAAUUGCGUCCACACGAGGUGGACAUCGUAAACCGACUAUUUAAAGUACCCAGUACUCUAAUUACGUCCACCUCGGAUCCGACCGACCUCCCCGAGUGGGAUGUUCCCGAAAUUGCGUUCGCUGGACGCUCUAACGCCGGAAAGUCGUCUUUAAUCAACGCGUUAACCGGUCAGAAGGCACUCGUUAGGACAUCCAAGACGCCAGGACGCACACAGCAAUUGCACUUCCUCAGUGUAGGAGGUAAGAAAGGUAGUUUACCGGAGUUAUCCCUUGUGGACAUGCCUGGCUUUGGGUUCGCCACGGCUCCGAAGAAAGUGGUGGACGAAUGGCACACGCUGGUCGGCGGAUAUGUGGACAACCGACGCGGUAACAACCUUAAGACGACCAUGUUGCUCAUCGACGCGAGACGCGGACUCGGACCUGCCGACCACGACUUUAUGGACUUCUUACACGACCUGGGGGUGCUGUACCAAGUCGUGUUCACUAAGGCUGAUGCAGUGACACGCAGCGAGCUGGAGAGGCAGAUUCACAAGGCGCAGGAGGUGGCACUCAACGCCGAACGUAUGAGUAUGAACCCUAUUAUCCAGGUGACGAGUGUGAAGGAAGGGUUCGGAAUCAAGGAGCUGCAGCGCCAACUCGUCAGUAUGACGGGUUUGUUAGCGUCGGAUUAGGGCAAAAAUAGAGUUCUUCCAACAACAAUUACGGGGUGCUCUAUUUUUACAGUAUCUACGUGAUUAAGUUGAGGAGUUUACUUGAGCCGUAUGAUUCUGGAACAGGAAAAGUGUCGGAAUCGUCAGAUUUAAUGUCAUUCUCCUGUCGUCGGGACCUUCGUCGUAGAGAAUGUCGCCGUUGGUCUUCAUCUCGACCGGAAAGUUGCAGAGCGGGGAGUUCUGAGCGAAUUCUAGAUUUAUCUUCAAUGUCUGGAUCGCAGACUGGUGCAGUUCGGAGGAUACGUGGGACCACACGGCUGCUAUCUACGACACUUGGCAGCACCAAUGGAAUGUUUGGAUGCGUCGGUAGUGGACACAGUCGAGAAUUCGCUCGCAAUUCCACGUUCUUGGUGGCUUGGAGGAUCGCGCUGGAGACGCUUUUAGGGGUCUCGAUCGAGCUUUUAGGGCGUACACUCUUACUCUUCCGAGCGGCACUCAUGGUUCUUUUUGUUAGCGGCUUAGAGUUUGUAUCAGCAUCUGGAGUUGAAAGCUCGAGUUCGGGAGUAAAAGUUAAUGUAUCAUCAGGUUUCGAUUG